AUGUCCAAGGUGGAAGUAGAUUCCGCUCAAGAACAUGAAGCGCAGAACGAAAAUAUGGAGGAAGACGACGAGGAGGGUAUGGAUAUCAAGGCUAAAGCUUUAACCAAGCUGCUUAAGACAAGCUCUGUAUUCGUGGCGAUUAUGGCAGAUAAAAUGAAAGACCAGCAAAGGAAACAGAAAGAAGAAGCCAAACGGAAACUCGCAAAACAAGCUGCGGUGACAAUGAAGAAUAAGUCCCCUGUCACAACAACUGAGAAGAGAGCCACCCGAGGAAGCGGCAAGCCAUCCCAGGCAGAACAAACACCUGCCAGCGAUUUUAAAAGUCUUAGCUCAGAAAAAGGGGUAAAGGAAACAAAGCUGCCGACGAGGGGUCGUCCUCCAAAAAGUACCGCCGGAAAUACCAUCUCGAAAUACUUUAAGAAAGCCGAUAUACAGAUCUCAAAGGAUAACCCUACAGUCCAAGAGGCUUUGGAAGAAGCCGCAGAGGAAUAUGAGGCGAAGCCUACCGCAAUAGGCGAGCAGGAUCUAGUAGCUACCCAGCAGCCAGCACUAGUAACCGGUGGCCAAAUGAGGGAAUACCAACUAGAGGGUCUGGAGUGGCUAAAAUCCCUAUGGAUGAAUGGCCUCUGUGGUAUCCUUGCUGAUGAAAUGGGCCUGGGAAAAACAAUCCAGGCUAUAUCUUUGAUAGCAUUUUUUAAAGAGCACAACGUUUCUGGCCCAUUCUUGAUCUCUGCUCCGCUUAGUACAGUUAGCAAUUGGGUCGCCGAGUUUGCGCGCUGGACACCUGGUAUCGAGACAGUGCUUUAUCACGGUAGUAAAGAAGAACGUGCCGAGAUUCGAGAUCAGCGGAUGAAACUACAGGACCAGAAAAAGCAGGAUUUUCCUGUUGUGUGCACAUCCUAUGAGAUUUGCAUGAACGACCGGAAGUUUUUGGCGAAGUAUCAGUGGAAAUAUAUCAUCGUGGAUGAGGGACAUCGGCUAAAGAACCUGAAUUGUCGAUUGAUCAAAGAACUCCUCACCUAUAAUUCUGCGAACCGUCUCCUCAUCACUGGAACACCUCUGCAAAAUAAUAUCGCUGAAUUAUGGUCUCUGCUUCAUUUCCUCCUUCCCGAAGUCUUCAAUGACCUAGGUAGCUUUGAGAGCUGGUUCGACUUCUCUUCAGUCCUGGAUAACAGAGGCCAAAAAGCGGCUGUGGAGCGGCGUAAACGCAACCUUGUGUCUACCAUGCAUGCGAUAUUAAAACCAUUCUUACUCAGACGAGUGAAGACGGACGUUGAAACAUCUCUACCUAAAAAAAGGGAAUACAUACUAUACGCACCGCUAACGCCUGAGCAGAAAGAUCUAUAUCUUGAAAUUAUGAACGGCUCUAGUAGGGCAUAUCUGGAAGAAAAAGCAGCUGAGAGGAUCAAUGCCAGAAAUGGGACUCCAAAGACGUCAAGAUCCGAGAGCCUGAAACGUAAACCCUCCAACAGUGGAUCCUCGACCCCAAAUAAAAGCUUGAAAUCCAGCCGUGAAUCUACACCCGGAAGCACUUUAGGCUCUGCAAGGCGGAGAAAGGGUCGUCUAAGCUAUAAGGAGGUCAGCGAUCGAGAGUUUAACGCUAGGUUGCGGCGACUAGAACAGGGGAUUGAAUCUGAACUAGAAGAAUCAGACCAGAGUGAAAGCGAAUUGGAGAGGAUUGAAAAGGCCAAAACGGCUCAACUUGCAAAAAGGGAAAUUGCUUCUAAAAAGCUCCAAAACCCCGUGAUGCAGGCCAGAUUAGCCUGCAACUCACCACACAACUUCUACUGGCCCUGGGGUGACGACCCAUCCCACAUCGACGACACCCUCAUUACCUCGUCGGGGAAAAUGCUCCUCCUCGACCGGCUCAUUCCCUGCCUAAUAUCCAAGGGCCACAAAAUCCUCAUAUUCUCCCAAUUCAAAACCCAACUCGAUUUGCUGCAGGACUACGCGAGCUACCUUCGCGGGUGGAACUGCUGUCGCAUCGAUGGCGCUGUCAGCCAAGUUGACCGCCAGGCACAAAUCCAAGCCUUCAACACGGACCCGGACUACAGAAUUUUCCUCCUAAGCACUCGCGCCGGUGGCCAAGGCAUUAACUUGACAGCAGCGGACACGGUUAUCCUUUUCGACUCUGACUGGAACCCGCAACAGGACCUGCAAGCGCAGGAUCGCGCGCACCGCAUCGGCCAGACUAAGCCGGUUAUUGUCUAUCGACUUGCGACGAGGGGUACCGUCGAGCAGACGCUACUCGAAAAGGCAGAUUCAAAACGUAGGUUGGAAAAAUUGGUCAUUCAAAAGGGGAAGUUCAAAAGUUUGCUGGAACCUGGAUCUGCUGCCGCUUCUUCUGAGGCGGAAGAGUUGCGGAAAAUCCUUGGAGAUGCUGGGUUUGAGGUGUUAGAUCUUGGUGGUGGUGAAGGGGCGACGCCGGAAUCUCUUCUGUCGCAACGCGACCUGGAUAUAUUAACUGAUCGUAGUGAUGAGGCAUAUGAGAGGGCUGAGAGGGGCCUGGAUAAGGGGGGUAAUAGCUUCUUUGCUGUGGAACCCAAGAAAGAGGCGGAGGGCAUGAUGGCUGAGCUUACCAGUAGAUAA